CAGAGGCAGAAGCAGCGCGUGGCUCAGCAGCAGCAGCAGCAUGGAGGCGGGCGUGCGGGACUCCAAGCUUCAGCUGGUCGUCAGCCACAUCCGGGCCUUUCCGGACUUCCCCAAGAAAGGCAUCGUGUUCAGAGACAUCUGUCCCCUCCUGAAGGACGCGGCUGCUCUCUCUGCAGUGAUCGAUCUGUUUGAAGAUCAUGUGAGGAUCAACUACCAGCAGGUUGAUCUGAUCGUUGGUCUGGACGCCCGCGGCUUCCUGUUCGGCCCCCUGCUGGCCCAGCGGCUGGGCGUGGGCUUCGUGCUGGUGAGGAAGAAAGGCAAGCUGCCCGGAGCCACGGUGGCUGUGACCUAUGACCUGGAGUACGGGACGGCGGAGGCAGAGAUCCAGGAAGACGCCGUGGCUCCGGGUCAGAAGGUUCUGCUGAUCGACGACCUGCUGGCCACAGGAGGAACGCUGUACGCCGCCUGCCAGCUGAUGAGGAAGCAGCAGGCGGAGGUUCUGGGCUGCCUGGUGGUCAUCGAGCUCAAAGAGCUGCAGGGCGUGGACAAGCUGAAGCCGCAGAGGGUCUUCUCCCUGGUCCAGUACUGAGGAACCCCCAGAGCCCCCCGUCCUCUGACGACAGCCGGAAGCCUGGACUUAAACCAACAGCUUCAACCUCAGCUGGCUGCAGACGUUCUCCUGGAGAACUCCAGAACGUUUCUCCUUCUCGUAUCCAGAACAUGAGAGGAUUUAAACUUCCUGCAGCCGGGUGUCUGGGUUCCUCUGAGAACCUCUUCAUGAUUCUGAUCUGUUCUCCUUACUGAGAGCAUGGAGGGUUCUGGGUAUCGGGGUGAUCCAGGAUCUUGGAGACCACUUUACUCUGUGGUCUGUCUCAGAACAGAGUUUGAUGUGAAAAGUUCUGGUGAUUCCACUGAAAGCUCCCCGUUAAGAAGCAGCCGGGGUUUGAGGGGCCGGUGAUGGUUCUGUCUGGUUCUGGUUCUGAGAGGAACACUCCGCUGUGUGAUCAACAUAAUUCCAUUUAAACCUCUUUAAAGUUCUCAUGGCUUCUUGUCGACCGUCUGAAGCUGAUUCCAUAGAACUAAAAUUAUGUUUAAUGUAUUCUAACCAUGUUAGGUUCAUUUUUUAUUAUUUUUAAUACAGAAUGUGUAACUGAUUUGAAACUAAUGAGAUUAAACGGUUC